AUGAAAUACUGGAGGAGGAAGUCGCUGCUUGGUGGACUAACUAACGGAGUAAACACAUACAGCAGCCAGAGCCAGUCAGCUGUCAGCAACCAGAAUCAGACAAGUCCAGUGGUCAGUCUGCCCAACACAGUCAGAAAGGUGCUGACCGACAGCAACCAGAGCCAGUCAGCUGUGAGCGACCAGAAUCAGACAAGUCCAGUGGUCAGUCCACCUAACAUGGUCAGAAAGGGUCUUGAUGAGGAAAUGCAUUCAACAGUUUGUGGAGCUUCAAAUUCCCCAUCCACAGUCAAAAAUAUUAAUGAGGUGCCAACUGACAGCAAUCAGAACCAGUCAGCUGUGAGCGACCAGAAUCAGACAAGUCCAGUGGUCAGUCCACCCAACACAGUCAGAAAGGUGGCCACUGAUCACUACAAUCAGCUCUCCUGUCCAGGUCAAAUGGAUCCAGCUGUCAGCACAAAGUAUCCUCUGUGGACAAGUGUGUUGAGUGUCUGGGACUUAUAUCUUCCUACAAGUGGCUUGGCUAUGUAUGCAAAGAUGAGAUUGUGUUCAGUGACGCUGAAGCCAGUGCAAGGGAAUCUGAUGACUGCAGCACGGCAGUCACAGCAACAGAAUGUGGAACUGUGGAGCCUAUGGAUACUGACGCUACAAUCAAAGAGCAAGUUCAUGACAUGGAAGAUUUUGGACAAGAUGCUUGUGAAGACCAGCAUAGAAGAGUGCCAAAGAAAGUGUUUGAAGGCUGAGGUUGCCACAGUAUUGCGACAUUUCAGAGAUCACAUUCAAAAAGGAAAACUGGCCACCAAAAAUGAAUGUAGUCAAUGGAAGCUGUGGGUCAUCUAG